AUGGGAUCAAGCAAAAGGUGUGGUGUUGGGGGGGCGGGUGGUGGGGGGGGGGGGGGGGGGGGGGGGGGGGGGGGGGGGGGGUGGGGGGGGGGGGGGGGGGGGGGGGGGGGGGGGGGGGGGGGGGGGGGGGGGGGGGGGGGGGGGGGGGGGGGGGGGGGGGGGGGGGGGGGGGGGGGGGGGGGGGGGGGGGGGGGGGGGGGGGGGGGGGGUGGGGGGGGGUGGGGGGGGGGGGGGGGGGGGGGGGGGGGGGGGGGGGGGGGGGGGGGGGGGGGGGGGGGGGGGGGGGGGGGGGGGGGGGGGGGGGGGGGGGGGGGGGGGGGGGGGGGGGGGGGGGGGGGGGGGGGGGGGGGGGGGGGGGGGGGGGGGGGGGGGGGGGGGGGGGGGGGGGGGGGGGGGGGGGGGGGGGGGGGGGACACCAGGUCGGUGGCAUCUCGUCAAGAGGGUCGCGGGGGGCGCGGUGGGGGGGGUGGGUAG